GGUAUAGUUUUGGUCCAGUUACUUAAGUUUUUCUAAAAAAAAAAUAAAAAAGUUAAAAAAAACAGCUUCAAAAAUCUCGUUAUUUUGAUUAGGUUUGAUAUAUCAUAUUUUUAGAUCCGACUGUAAAUAUCGACGAUAUUACAAUAAAUGUUGCAAUUCGACCCCUACAUUCGGCAAAAGAAAAAAUUUCGAAAUUGUCUCAAGACAAAAGCAUCAAUAUAUAUAUCAUAUUUUAAGAUCCGACUGUAAAUGCCAAAGAAAACACGAAAAACGUAAAAAUAGACCCCGCCAAAAGCAAAAGAUCUAAGCGUGCACGUAUUCAGUCAAUAGGUUACUAUUGUCGCUGUAAUUGUUGUUGUAGCGGCUAUUGAAAGUCAGAAGUGCACUGAAUUUUUGUACUGGUUUUGGUCCUUCAACUAGCUAUCGCUGACGAAGAGCUUCAGCUUAUUUGAGAGAGGUUAAACUCCGUUUUAUCGAAACUUGACCACAGCAUAGCCAAUAUAUGACCGGCUCGUGAAGGCAUCCGAUAUAACACCACCGCCUGCUAGCUUGCUGCUCUCUUAAACUCACCCAGAUAACACCUCUUUAUCUGGCACGACUCAGUCGCAACAGCACGUAUCCUGGGCCUACUGUUAGUUCAGCUUGUCGCCAACGAUUUAUAGACCAGCUGAACUGGGCAGUGCAGCUACAACAGCAACUCGUCGCUUGGACUUUAUUAACUAAAUAAUAGGCGGCAACAAAGCCCAAUCGGCGAUCAAGAAUUUCAAUCCCCCAUCAUGCCUGGUCAAUUUGGACGGUUAAUCACAGCUUAUUUAAACAGAGGUGGAUGUCUUGGUAUGCUUCUACCUUGUUUUUUUGCUUGCGCGGAUUCAUUAGUUGUCGAAUCUCCAAAUUGAAAUAUCUGUUAUGGAAAUUUGAGCGAAUGCUUAGAAUAUAACUCCACAAUGCGCUUUUCCGAGCUUUAAUGAGUUACAGGCUUUCAGCUAAAGCUACAACUUGUUGUGGAGUUGUACUCCUAGGUCAUUCGUUAGACCUGCCGAUUUGCCAAUAAGUUUCUCAUACGACUCGAUGUAUCUUGGUGUAAAGUAUGUAAAAACAAUUAAGGAUAAAAGAUUACAUGUACCUCUUACUUUUGAUGAUAUAUUUCAGUGUAUAUUCCUAAUUAAUGAUUACAUCUCGAAAAAAAAUGCGCUAUGUCAAUGAAUUCCGAUUUCUUUGCAAGCUAGACGCAUUAAAAAGUCCUGCUUACGUACAUACAUAUCCGUACUCUAGCAGACAUUAACUUAUGCAUGUAUGUAUUUACGUAUGUAUGUACGCGUGUGUAUAACAAUCAUGUUAAGUCGCACAACACAUUUGAAAUUUCCGUUAAUCCUUAUACUCAAAACAGGACUGCUGUGUGCUCUACUGUCCUUGGUUUGGUAUUUCAUACAUAGAAUAAUUAAUAAAAACAAAAACGUAUAAAAGACUCGCGCAACAGGCAAAUGCAUGUCAUUUCGAUUACUACGCUGUUGUUGGUAGCAACUCGCCAGGCUGUGCGCAGUACAGACUUAUACUAAGCGAGAAAUCGUUAUUGAAAUGUAUCAAUAUUUCAACGCUUUUGCACUUGUCGCAUUUAUUUCCUUCUCAACAUCUGCUUUGAGCCAAGUGCUGGAGGCGCAACCCAUCAAUAGCAGUCCCACCGCUGCGCCAUUGGGCUGUCAUCAGCGUCUCUACACAUACCGCAUCACACAGGCUGACGCACAGGGUCGUGAAUGUUGGGAUUAUGUGAGUGUACGUUCUUGUUGGGGUCGUUGUGACUCCAGUGAAAUUUCCGAUUGGAGAUUUCCAUAUAAACGCUCAUUUCAUCCGGUUUGUGUACAUGCUACGCGCCAACCAGCAGUAGCGUUGUUGAGAAAUUGUCAUCCGGAAGCCAGUGAGGAAGCACGCCGCUAUGAGUAUAUGGAAGCAGGCAGCUGCCAUUGCCAUACUUGCUCCUCUCUGGAUACCAGUUGCGAGGCGCCUGUUAAUAAUAUACUGGAUGAGCGAUCCGGUGUGAAAGUGUUGGCGUUAACUGGUUCAGAUUCCGAUGUCUUGGAUUAUUAAAUUUAAUUUUGUUGAUUUUGCCUAUUCUUAUCAGCUGUUAUCAGGUUAUCAGUUGAGUGCGGCGAUGUAGGGCUUUCAUAGGAAAUAUUUAUAUUUGUAAAAAUUGUGUAUUAUAUUAAUUAUUGUAUUUAUAUGUAUUGAGCAAAUAAAACUAAAAAAGUUUUAAAUACCCCGUAUAAUUUCUCUGCUAAAUUAAUGAGAAAUUGCAUAAUUUUGUUGCAUACAUUAUAAAGUUAUUUUAAAUUUCGUUAACUUCCUUUUGUCUAACAAAAUUAAUUUAUUGAUUAUUUCAGAAAAAAACACAGCAUUGGCAAAGCGUUUUGUUUUAUUUCGGUGUGUGUUUUUUUUCAAUUGUGUUUAGUUCUACAAUUUGUUGUACCACUAUUUUUAAUUUACAUACAUACACCGCAAAAACAUACUCCCCUGGAUUACACAAAAAAUUUAAAGUAUAGUUGUGUUAUUUUUUCAGUAUUUUAUCAUUUUUGCUUACUAAGCAAAGUGUCUUCGGUAUUAUUUUGUUCAACUUAACUCAUCACGUUCUAGUAACUAAUACAAUUAAAAAAAAA